AUGCUCACAUCAACCGUAUUAAUCGCUCUCGGGCUGACAACUCUAGCAGCAGCCGACAAAGUGAAUUACAAAACUCUCAUAACUCCACGAGGCGAUCACCUCCCAGACUUCAGUUACUGCGGCUAUCGAGCGUCAAAUACUUCUCUACCCCCAAUUGACUCCCCUCCCACCACUACACUGCAUCCCUCAAGUGGUGAUCAAACCGCGCGAGUUCAAGACGCCCUCAAUAGUAUCAGUAAAAAAGGAGGAGGUGUACUCCUCCUUACCAAUGGACAAUACAAGUUCCAAGGAUCUUUAGUUAUCCCUAACAACACCGUAUUGAGAGGUAGUGGCACCGGUAAAACUACCUUGCUACCCGUUGCUUCUUCCGAUUUCAUCGUCUUUGGAGAUGAAGUCGAUGAUCCAGAAGUAACUCCCGUGUCAAAAAUCACAGACAAGUAUGUGGCUGUUGGUGCAAACAAAUUUACCGUCAAUGAUGCGUCAGGUCUACAAGUCGGUCAAUAUGUCAUGGUGCAGCGCGCCGCAACCGCAGAUUGGAUACGUCAAAAUGGUAUGGCUGAUCUAGUUCGCGAUGGGAAACCACAAACAUGGCUCAAGCCAGGAUCACUAAUUGAGCAACCUCGACGAAUUAUCGCCAUUGCCAACAAGCAAAUCACCAUUGAUGUGCCUCUCACAGACGCAAUCGACUCUAAAUACAUGCAAGGCCAGGUAGCGCCGUAUGCAUUCCCCAAAGCCUCCUCAGAAAUGGGCAUCGAAAGCCUAUCCAUCACACUCUCCCCAACUUGCUCUGGAGCGAGCCUCGCCGACUCAUCCUGCGGCCAUUCCGCAAUCACAUUCAACUCCUGGGUAACAGACAGUUGGAUCCGCAACGUCAACAUCACAGGAUACAACGGCUACGUCAACACGCUCUCCAUGUCACAGCGCAUCACCAUCGACUCACUAUCCAUGUACCGCGACCACGCUACCAAUAAGACCCGCGGUUAUCCCGCAGACAUAACCAUUCAAGGGACGCAGAUUCUCGUCAAGAACUCUUCGUCCUUUGGAGUGGCCAAGGCACAAACAUUCCCGGUCGUGACGCAAGAUCGCACGCCAGGUCCGAACGCAGUUGUCAAUUUCUCCACGGAGCUGGCUAUCAGUGUGCUUAGCCCUCACCAGAGGUGGGCUCACGGCCUGCUCAUUGACAAUUCCAAGUCUUCGUGGAAGCUAGGAAAUAGAGGUAUUUACGGCAGCGGCCAGGGAUGGACCAUCAAUGCGGGUGUGGCGUGGAAUGUGGAUGGAGAUACGGGCGAGGCUUCGUCGCCGCCGUUGGGGACGAAUUGGUGUAUUGGGUGCGGAGGAGGCAAAGUUACUGGCAAUGGGACUUUUGUAAGUACGGGAAAGUCGGUAGAACCUUUGAGUUUGUUUGCGGCACAGUUGAAUGAUAGAAUUAGAAAGUAG